ACCCAGGCCAAGGUGAGAGCUUCUCUGCAGGGCAGGAGUAGGAAGUGGGACGUCGUCGAGGGACGGCACUUCUCUGCUCCUUGGAUCCCUGGGCUCCGGCCGCCUUGGGCCUCCUCCUAGUGCCUCCUUCUUUGCUGCCAAGUCCCCAGGGAUGGGCUGGGGCCCUGGGGUUGAGCUGCCCGUGGUGGCAUGUGGGGGGUGAAGGAAGCCCCUGUCCUGCGAUGGGGGCGGGACUCUCCACUGGGGCCAUCAUCGCCAUCUCCUUCAAUGGGCUGGUUGCCCUCUUGCUUCUGCUGCUCUGUACCAUUGUGUGCCGGGCCUGCCUGGCACACCCCAUGUGUACCUGCACUAAGAAGUCACCCACAACCCAGGAACCGCAGCAGGCCCUGCAGCCCCAGGAGCCCCAGCAAUCCCAGCAGCCCCAGGAGCCCCAGCAGUCCCAGCAGCCCCAGGGGCCCCAGCAGUCCCAGGAGCCCCAGCCCAGGCAUGAGGGCAGCCAUCUCCUGCAGCCCUGACAUCCUGGGAUAGCCUAGCCUGUCCGAUGAGCCCCUAUGGAGGGAGGAUUCCGUGGACCUAGAAGGACAAGAGGAGAGGAGGGACCUCCCGUGAGCCAUGGGCUGACCCCCUGAGCGGUCCAGGACACCCCUGACUUCCUUCUUCCUGUGUCUGCCCCCCCAUGGGGCUGAUGCUUCCUGAGUGGAUUGCCCCCUCCUGGGUCGGGGCCCAAGGGAGCCUGUGAGUGAGCAAGAGGCAAAAGGUGGAAGGCACGGAGGGGUCUGGGGCCAGGCCGUCUACCCUUUGGGGCAGGAAGCACAGGCGGGCCAGACCAGAAGGAACUGGGCCCUGGGAAUGGGUGGGACUGGAGCCAAGUUAUUCCCUGUUGGGGAGAGUCGGAGCACUCUGGGUCCUGAGGCUGGUGGGGGCUCUUCUUCAGCCUCCUCAAGGGGGCCCCUGGCACUAGGGUUCAUGGGUCCGGGAGUCAUGCCAUCCCACCCCAGACCUGUUCAGUGGGGGGGCAGACCAGCCUGGGCAAAGCCAUUGCAAUAACCCAGGAGGGUACAUCUGUGCCCUCUCCCAGGGUCCCACUUCUUUUUUACUCGACAAUAAACUGCAUUGUGGUUCA